UGUUUUUAGUCUCUAUUAAAACUGUCAACUGUAAACCAGUACUGAGUUGGUAACUUAGCGGUGAGUCCAGACCUAGCUAAGUUACGACAUAAAUUGGCGACGAGGAGUUAGAACUCUAUGAUGGCUACAGGACUGCUUGGGCACCUCGAGCAAUUCGAUCCAGCGUUGGAGGAAUGGCCGCAGUAUGUGGAGAGACUCGAACAGUUUUUUGUUGCGAACGAUAUCACUGGAGAUGGUAGUGCUGUGAAGAAGAGAGCUACCUUUCUCGCAGUAGUGGGCCGUAGUGCCUACAAUCUGCUGCGAAGUCUAAUUGCACCAGCAAGGCCUGCAGAGAAAACAUUUGAGGAGCUGGUGGAAGUGCUUACUGCACACUACAGUCCGAGGCCUACCGAAGUCAUGCAACGUUUCCGAUUCAACUCUAGAGCGAAGAAAGAAGGAGAGUCUAUUGCUGACUAUGUAGCUGCGCUGAGGAAGCUAGCCGAAUUUUGUAAUUACGGUGCUGCAUUGGACAAAGUGCUACGUGACAGGCUAGUGUGGGGAGUCAAGGACACCUACAUACAGAAGAAGCUGCUAGCAGAACGAGAGCUGACAUUGGCUACGGCUAUUCAGAUUGCUCAAGGUUCUGAGACUGCAGAGAAGAACCUUCGUGAGAUGGGAAGCGAAUCCCAUAAAGAAGGAGUACAUUACGUCCAGAAACAGACGCCGAAACCGAUUAAAACUAACUCGAAGUGUUAUCGAUGUGGCAAGACGAGUCACAGUGGCAAUGACUGCCCGUACAAGGACUUUGUGUGUAGAGGAUGUCAUAAAGUGGGACACUUGCAAAAGAUGUGUCGAGCUGCCAAGGGACGCCCAAACCCGAAGAAGUUCCCCCGACAUGACAAGUAUAAGAAAAGGGCUGGAAUAAACCAAGCAAGAGAGUCUGGAGAAUCAGAUGACGAAGACUUCCUGCUGAUGGUAGAAGAAGUUGGAGGAAUCCACAGGAUCUACCAGCCCCCAAUAAAAGUACCCGUGAGUAUAGAGGGUACUACUGUGUGUAUGGAACUAGACACAGGUGCCUCAGUAUCUCUAGUAUCAGAGUCACAGUACAAACAGUUGUGGCCAGGGAGGAGCUUAGACCCAUCUGAUAUCAACUUACAGACCUACUCAAAGGAACCCCUUGUAGUAAUGGGAAGUUUUGAUGUUGAGGUUGUGUAUGAUAACAAAAAGGUGACCUUACCUCUUGUUGUUGUUCAAGGGAAUGGACCUUUGUUGUUUGGCAGGAACUGGCUAAAUGCUAUUAAGUUGAAUUGGUCUAACAUUCACUAUACCCAAGCUCCAGGUUUACAGGACUUACUGGCCAAGUACCCCGAUGUGUUCCAGAAAGGACUGGGUACGUACCAGGGACAAGAAGCCUCCCUUGUAGUGGACGCUGAUGCUGUUCCCCGUUUUAACAAAGCCAGACGUCUUCCAUAUGCUAUGCGAACGAAAGUUGAAGAGGAACUGGAGAGGCUGGUUCAGGAAGGCACUCUGAAGCCCGUGGACCAAUUGUGGCAGUGUUAA